UUUUCUUAUACUCAACUGAAGUACAAUAAUGGGAAGAGCAGUGGUGAGAAUUUAAACAUUUAAUGCAGAUCUCUGUGUCAGCUCUUGCUACAGUCACUGUCUCAGCAGCACACUUUGCAUUGUGGUUACUGCUGAGGAAGUGCCUCCACGCCGCAGUCUCGUUCUCACAGUGAGCGCUCUCGCUGGAAGCAGCAGCAGAAGCAGAAUGUCUGACAUGAGACAAGAGAACAGUGCUGAGAGAGAGGCCCCAAGACACAGCCUGGGAGAAAUACCUGCAGCGAGACAGGCUCUGAGAGACAGCUACACAAACCUGCACAAUGUUGCAGACUACUGUGAGAAGAACUACAUGGAGGCCCCUGACAAGCAAAAGGCACUACAGGACACCAUGUCACUCGUCACUCAGACACUGGCCAGUGUGGCUUCUCAUGUGGGCUUGAUAGCCCGAGAAAUGUUACUGAUACUGCAGGACCAGAGCCAGAUCCUUCUCCAACAUGAGAACAGAGUGUGGUACAUCUCACAGCUUGUAGAUAUACACACAGAGAAGACCACCCGCCAGAAAAUUGGAUCUCUGACAUCCAGAAGGAAAAUGAUUCCUGCUCAGAAAAUCCUGACUGAGGGGAACCAAGCCCCACGGAGUGCAUAUACCAGAAACUCCAUCAAUUUCAAAAGCCUCGAUAAAACCGGCCAUGGGAUUACGGAAUCUGACUCCCGGCUAUCAAAAACAGGAACCAUGUCUCGCAGGGUUAAUUCCAAAUCACUGACAAACCCACAGUGCACCCUGGGGAGAAGCCUUCGGAUUAAAGACCCAAUACUUCCACCACAGAUACCUGAGAUGACAUCCCCAUCAACCCCACCAGUGUGGAACAACAAUUCUCCAAAUUGUGACACUACUAUUAUGGACCCGCCUCUUCCCCCGCCCCCUGAUGUCUCAAAGGAAUUCUUCCCUCUUCAUUAUGGAGAAAACCAUGUAUCGGAAAGCAAUCUGGAAUUCAGUGACCUUCCUCCUCCUCUGGGCAUUAAUGAUGCUGUCGGAUUUCCCAGCCCCGAAGUGGAAGUUGCAGACUCUGAUGCCCUCCUGGACUUCUGUGAUCCCGGACUCCUUCCUCCCCCUGCUGAUUAUGAAACAACUAAUACAUCUUGGGUACAAGAGAAUGAAUCUAUAUUCCCAGCCUAUCCUGAAUCAGUGGAAAGUCUUCCUCCUCCUCCCGCAGACAUUUAGCAGGGGCUACAAAGGGCUGCUCUCCAGAACAGAAUUGAUUUAUUGACUGACCUUCAGGGGAUUAUUGUUCCAACAUGAGCCCCAGCGCCAGCGCUUAAAUGAAGAACUCACAUUCGAAUGUUCUGAAAGCCUAAACACACCAAUCUCAUUCAGUUUAAUUAAUGGCAAACUGCUACUAACCCUACAAAAAUACCAUGUUGUUGAUGCCGUGAAUCUUUCCUUCUUCUAUUUUCUUCCAUGUUCCUGUGCCUCAUUCCAUCUUUGCUGUUAUUCCUUCGGACAUCACGGCUGGAGGAUUGUGCCUAUGCACUACUUGUAUAAUAUUUGUAAUUAUUAUUGAAAUAAAAUAAUCCUAUUGCUAUCAUAUAAUGAA